AUGGCACCCAUAGGAAGAGCCGUCUUUGCGACGCUGCUCAUGAAUGAUGCCUACCUCCCUGGUGCCAUGGUCCUCGGCCACUCCCUCAGAGACAGAGGUGUCAAGGCUCCUCUGGUAGCUUUUGUCACUGUCGAUAAACUCACCUCAGACACCAUCAACGAGCUCAGAUCUGUAUACGAUGAAAUCGUCCCCAUACAGCAGAUCACUAACAAGAGCCCUGCCAAUCUCUACCUCAUGAACAGACCCGACUUAAUAUCUACCUUUACAAAAGUUGAGCUGUGGAGGCAGACCCAGUAUACGAGGAUAAUAUACAUGGACGCCGACAUGGUCGCACUGAGAGCGCCGAACGAGCUUCUUACACUGGACGCAGACUUUGCUGCUGUGCCUGACAUAGGCUGGCCGGACUGCUUCAACACUGGCUUGAUGGUCCUGACUCCUAACAUGGCAGACUACUACGCUUUGUUGGCCCUGGCUCAACGAGGCAUCAGCUUCGAUGGAGCAGACCAGGGACUUCUCAAUAUGCACUUUCGAGAUUGGGAAAGACUGAGUUUUGUCUACAACUGCACACCCAGCGGGAACUACCAAUACGUACCUGCCUACCGACAUUUCCAGAGUAGCAUAGCAGUGGUACAUUUCAUCGGACAGGACAAGCCUUGGACUUUGGGGAGAGACAACAGGUUCAAUACUGGGGUGUAUGGAGAACUCUUGGGCUUGUGGUGGUCUGUCUAUGAUCGGCACUAUCGACCACAGGUGAGUCUGGCACUAUCAUUAACUCCCACAGGCAACGUGCUCAACCGUGCCCAGACCGUGACACACUACGAUACCCAGACGUACACAGCGACGAAGAAGGUUCAAGAUUAUGUCCGUGGAGAGGAGCCAUUAUAUGUCCCCAACUACUCCAGCCAACAGCAACAACCGCAACAAGCACCGUCACCUCAGCAGGGCCAGAUCCCACUGCCUCCAGUGAUCACCAUACAGGACUCUGAUUCUCAUGAAUCUGUCAAGGUCGAGAUGCCGCUAGGUGAUGCGCCAACUCCGGCGAUGCGAUCUGAUUUUGCUCCGGUUGCUACUUCUGAACAGAGACGCUUUAGUGCACCCCACGUUGAAUGGGAGCCUUCAAGAGCACCGCCGCCUACGCAUUCCAAACCCGAAGCAGCCAAUUUCCCAACCACCAUAUACGAUAUGUCCAGUGAUACCCAACUAUUCCAGCCUCCAUCUAAGUACCCUGAGCCGCCAAAGGACAUGUGGUAUCAAGUACCAGAAAAGAUCCCUGAACCUGUUAAGCCGAGACAGAUUUUCCCUUGGGAAGCACGAGCUCCCAAGCCUACUCGAGUAUUUCCUCAGCCAAGACCACCUAGUCCUCCUCCGAAGCCAGUACAACAAGCGACGCCCAGCGUCAAUCCUGAAGAGGUAAACCCAGGCGCGACAGAGUCAUCGAAGGAAACGGAAGGAAGUCCACCCACUCCCGCACAGCGAGAAACAGUCAACCCCUGGGAAGCCUUCCAGCAUCGGACGAACGCCUGGGACGACAUGCCUGAAAUUGAACGAUACAUGAGAUCACUUACUCAAUCAAAGAAAGGAAAGUUGCAAGUCUUGCACCAUACACCGACGCAGCGUUCUCCUGGCGGAACUGCCAUUGCCUCGCCUGCUACUGGGGACUCCCAGCGACGACCGAGUUUGAAACUGACCGAUUUUCCUACCGCUGUUGAACGACCGAGCUUACCCGUAACGCCAGCGCCGAUCCGUCGAGCCACGAUAUGGGGUCAGGAGAGAGACGAAGAAACUUUGCCUACGGCUGAAGGAGUGCCGAAGCAAGAAGAUUGGGUGCGUCGAUUCUCCUCCUACCCCACGCCUGAUUUUGCCGUUGCAUUGCCUUCCACCCUUGUCCAUGAUCUGCCCCAUGUUUUUUAUUGGAGAUGCCAAUAUUGUGGUAAACAGAAUCCGGUGGCGAAACUCGAAGAGCUCCAAAGACGACAAAGUGAGCUGUUUUUGUCGCCCACCCCUUCGAAAGAGCUUGAUGACGUUGCUGAGCUACCACGGCGUGAGAUGCCGGAGAGCAAUAGCAAGGAAGCGGUCAUUGAAAAGACGGAGUUGGCGAUCUCCCCGACCAAGACACCAAAGGUGCCGAAACCGAUCCUAAAGACUCCUCAUUUCGAGUUGGGAAAGGAACCGGAUGAGCCGACAGUUGAUAUAGACAGGGCGCCUGAUGAAAAGGAGGAUAUCUCCAGUCCGACAACUACUCGCCCGCUACCUCAGACUGCAGUGGCAUAG